UUUGUCAAUAAAGACACCAAGAAAUGGCUGGAAAAGUUGUGGUUUUCGCUUGUUUCAUCGUCUAUGCCAACGCGGGCUACCUUUUGCCCCAACCCCAAGCAUAUUCAGCAGCUCCAAUUGCCACAGCACAAAUCCGAUAUGCCGCCCCAUCACUCCACUUAGCCCCCCAGCAGAUUAUUCAUCCUGCCCCAGCCCCAAUUCUCCGGGCCGCGCCUAUCGCCUACCACGCCCCUGCGACUCAAAUAGCCUACCAUGCUCCAGCUGCUCAAAUCGCUUACCACGCACCAGCACCCAUUGCAACCCCAGCCUUGCUGAAGACGUACGCAACGCCAGCUGUACUUAAAGCGGCCCCUGUAGCAACCGAAGAUUUCGACCCCAACCCCCAAUACUCUUUCGGAUACGAUAUCAACGACAGCAUCACCGGAGACGUGAAGAGCCAAAGCGAGACAAGAAAUGGAGAUACCGUCCAGGGCAGUUACGCCCUGAACGACCCUGACGGCACUAGGCGCAUCGUGGACUACACGGCCGAUCCAAUCAACGGUUUCAACGCGGUGGUGCGCAAGGAACCCAUCGCGGCCCAAGCGGUCAUCGCAGCACCCGCGAUAGCCAAAGUGGCGCCCAUUCCCGUAGCCAAAGUCCAACCUGCCGCCAUUCUUUUGUUAGUAUCCGCUAUAGCAGCGGUUGCCAAAGCUGGAGUAGCGCCAUUGGCGGCAGCUCCACUGGCGUACCACGCGGCACCCGUUGCCUACCAAGCAGCUCCACUUGCUUACCGCGCAGCACCGGUUGCUUACCAUACCGCCCCCGUUGCUAAAGUGGCAGCUCCGCUCGCAUACGCCGCGCCAGUUGCCAAAGCUGCGGUAGCUGAAGACUACGACCACAAUCCGCAAUACUCCUAUGGAUACGAUGUUCAAGACAGCUUAACCGGAGACAGCAAGAGUCAGUUCGAGAGUCGCAACGGUGAUAGCGUUCAGGGAGCCUACUCUGUGGUGGACCCUGAUGGCACCAAAAGAACCGUCGAAUAUACCGCGGACCCUGUUAACGGCUUCAACGCUGUCGUACACAAGGAACCUCUCGUCGCUAAGGCGGUAGUAGCAGCCCCGGCCGUAGCAAAAUUAGCAACACCAGUGGCGUACGCAGCGCCCGUGGCGCAUGCGGUCCACGCACCCGUAGCCUACGCGUCUCCAGUGGCGCCCGCAGUUCACGCAUAUUCUGCCCCUCUAGCGUCUCACGUAUAUCAUUAAAUUCCGACUGACUAUAUUUGUACAAAUGUGUAAUGUUAUUUAUUUUUUUAAAAUACAGU